AUGAAGACAUCAGUCGCUGUCGGCACUUCGGUGCUGGCAUUGCUAACUAACGCCGUCGUCGCCGCCGUCACGUCGAACAGCACCAGCACCAGCGCCACUGGAACGGCUACAGAAGCAUGCGCGGUUGUCAGCGCAUCGUGGGCAGCCCAGAUCGCGGCAACGGCCACGCCUACGGUGUCGGCCUCGCUCGCUUACGACUGUCUGAACUCGGCGGCCAUCAACAAGGAGGCUGCGCUCAAGUUUGUCAACGAGCUCGAGCCGUACCUCGAGUGGCAGUCUGACUCGGCCUGGAAGAAGAACCCGCCCGCUGAUUACUUCUAUCCCGCUUAUGACGUAUUCGCUGAGCUAGCGAAGAUCAAGGCCGCCAUCGAGGCUGACGAGUACCCCACCGAGUACGCGUGGCAGGCAGACCUGUACAAGAAGGUCUUCGGCCCCGGCCAUGACGGCCAUCUCGUUGUGUACCCGGAUCUGCUCUCGCGUGCCAUUGAAUUCGGCAGACCUUUUGCCUUGGUCUCUAUCAGUGAGGACGGUAGCUCCUUGCCUGUCAUCAAGGUGUACGAGGAUGUCAUCUCGUCGCCGGACACGGCGUCGGUGGUGAAGCUGAUCAAUGGCAUCGAUGCCGCGACUUACGUCAGCGAUUGGAUCUUCCAGGUCUCUGGUAACCAGGACGCCGAUGCUGCUUACAACUCUAUGUUCUUCGAGAAGUCGUAUGUAGCUGAGCUUGCCAGCUUUGGUUACUUCCAGUCGGGAGGUCGCGUCAGAUAUGUAUACCCUGGAGACACCACUUCAUUCACAUUCGAGAAUGGCACAUCUGUUGAACUCGACAACGUUGGCAGAAUUAAGGGUAACUUCGCAGGCGUCACGGAUGGUCCUUCGUUGUUUGCGAAAUUCUGCCCUGCUGCUGUGCCUGCUGCUUCAACGACGGCCAGCGCAACAGCGACUCCUGCCCCUACAAGCUCGUCAGCAGCAGUACCCACUGCGGUCCCGGGCUACCCCGCCCCGGUUAUCAUUUCAAGUGAUUCGGUCGUGUCGGGCUACUUCCUCAGCGAGGCCGGAUUCGAAGAUGUCGCCGUCUUGGUGAUGCUUUCCUUCUCCCCCGACGACCCACCUGAGUUCCAGCAGGUGGUGCAAGACUUUUUCGCGGCAUCGGUCAAGGCCGGGAAGACCAAGCUCGUUGUCGACGUUCAAGUCAACGGCGGUGGCUACAUUUACCAAGGUUACGAUACCUUCAGACAAAUCUUCCCAGACAUUGUGCAAGAGGGACUCGGAUGCUGGAGGAAUUCGGCAGGGUUCAAGGCCGUCUCCGAGGUGUUCUCCGCGCGCUGUGCCGAUUACGACCCUCUCACGUCUUCCGAAGAACUCAUCUACGAAUGCAACAGCGUCUACAAUUGGCGCUACGACCUCGACGAGUCGCUGCAGAACUUCACCUCCUUCGACGACAAGUUCGGCCCCGUUGAGCACAACGGCGACGAGUACACGGACGUAAUGCAGUGGAACUUCGACAAUGAAAUCGACACUAUCAACUCCACCUACGGCAUCGGCUAUGACGUGACCGGGUACGGCAGCCGCCGGAACUUCACCCGCCCCUUCGGUGGCCCGGAGAACGUCGUCGUCCUGUUGGACGGGUACUGUGCUUCGACUUGCACCCUCUUCUCCCAGUUCAUGAAGUGGAACGCGGGCGUCAAGAGUAUUGCGCUCGGCGGCCGCCCGAAGGAGGGACUCAUCCAGGGCGUCGGUGGCGUCAAGGGCUCGCAGAGCUACGGCUUCGCCAACGUGUACAGUAAUGUGCAGGCGGCUCUCAAUGAGACCGAAGACGCCGACCUGAUCGCCGAGUUCAGCCGAUACACCACUUACGUCGUCGACCGUUCAUCGGCUGCUAGUCUCAACGUCAAGGACGAGAUUCUGCGCGAUAACCUCGAUGAUGGCACGCCGGCUCAGUACGUUGCCGAGUACUCGGAUUGUCGGUUGUACUGGACCGAGGACAUGGUCAAGGAUGUCAGUUCCGUCUGGAAGUCGGCUGCUAGCGCGGCGUUCAAGGGUGGUGCUUGUGCGGCGGGUAGCAUUGAGUACCCCCAGACGUACGAGCGUCGCCGCUCGCGAUUGCUGCCGCCCAGGUUCACAAGCCCGAAGCAGCACGUCCCCGUGGAGAAGACCGUUGAUAAGAGGGAGAUUGGCGAGACAAGGAAUAAGUUCUUGGCCACGCAAUUUAUGAAGGUUGUGGAUUAG